AUGUUCCAACAAUCGAUCAUGGCUUUCACAGCCUUUCUCAUGCUUGUGAUUUUUGUCACACUACCUGCCUCAUCUGCGCACCCCAUUUCUAGAAGAGAGUAUGGAACUGAAUCUGCAGUUUCAGUCCCUAUCAUAAGUGAUAUUAAAGGAUCUGCGCCUACUCCCACGCCUACUCCUACUCCCGCCACCACUACAAUCAUCCUUCCCCGCGACCACGAGACAGUACCUUCCGAAACCCCAUCUGAGACUAGCUCCUCCUCGUCUCCCGAAGAAACUAAAAGCGAAGAGGAGGAAGAUGAUGAUGGCCACAGCGGCCUCCACCCCAAUGCCAUUGCCGGCAUUGCCGUAGGUGCCGGUUUCGGCAUUCUCCUUCUCAUCGCCGCAUUCAUGUAUGCCUUCCGUGUAGGCUGGGAAAAGGGCCAACACCAGAAGGAGAAAGAGAAGGAGAAGGAGAUGGCCGAGACAAAGCUCCAAAGACCACCAGCACCACCAGUAGCUACAGCGCCUCAACGAUCAUGGCAGCUAGUAGACGAGUGCAUCACCAGCAGACCACCUUCUGUUCUGGUCGUGAACACAACCGGGAGCAGCUGUUGGGAUAGCGGCAGCUGGGAUUGCUGCGACGAGCACGCCGAGAAUCACAGAAUUCUCGGUGAGCGCUAUAGCUUUCGUCCGGGCAUGGGCGUUUACGAAAUUACCGACUCUGGAGCGAACAAGCCCCACGAUGCUGUCAGAACUGAUAGUGGGUUAGGGUUGGAAACACCGCCGAAGGCGAAGGGCAAGGAGCCUGAGAGACCAGACAGCCCAUCAGCGAAUGUAUAA